AUGUCAACGGAUCCGUACCAUGCCGUGCAGUCAGAGAUAGCUGGCUCGCUGCAGGCCGCGGAGCAGUUGCGAGCGUCGUACGUCCGGAUUCGGAGUACUGCCCGCGGUGGGAGCGAAGAGCUCGAGUGGGCGCGGAACGAGCUCAAGGCGACUCUCGCGGCCCUAGAGGCAGACCUCGAGGAUCUUGAUGAAAGUGUCAAGAUUGUGGAGAGUACUGGCGCGCGGAUGUUCGGGCUUGAGGAGGCUGAGGUCAUGCAGAGGCGGCGUUAUGUAGAACAUGUCCGGGAAGUACUCGAGACCUUGAACGCCGAAGUAGAGGGUAGAGCGCCGCCAAACAAGUCGCGACAACCCAUAUCCCCUGCUGCACAACCCAGCUCGCCAGCUCCAGAAGACGACCAAGCACAAUGGACUCGGGAAGAGCAGAUGAUGAUCAUGCGGCAGCAGGAUGAGACUCUGGAUACUAUAGGUGGCACCUUGACAACCAUCCAGCAACAAGCCGGACUCAUCGGACAGGAAGUCAAUGAACACAACGUGAUGUUAUCGGACGUCGAGCGCGGGGUAGACCGAACUGAUAGUAAACUGAACGACGCCAUGACGAAGAUGAAGAAGUUCAUCCGGGAUACUGAAGAAACGAAGUCGGGCUGGUGCAUCGGCAUCCUAAUCUUCAUCUUGCUCUGUCUACUCGUCGCUGUGAUCUUUAUCUGA